AUGUCUGUGUCUGGGUCGAAAUGCACUCGGCUGAGUGGGGCGCUUGUCAAGCAGGUGCUGGAGUCGGUUGAUAGCGUCCUGUUUGACUGUGACGGGGUUAUCUGGCGCGGGGACCAGGCCAUCCCAGGCGCACCGCAAGUCAUAAACCUGCUAAAGGAGAACGGUAAAAAUGUGUUCUUCGUCACCAACAACAGCACUAAAACGAGGAAGAUGUAUGCGGACAAGAUGUCCGCCCUGGGGUUCAACGUGACUGAGGAGGAAGUGUUCGGGACGGCGUACUGCUCUGCCAUGUACUUGAAGACGAUCUGCAAGCUGGAAGGCAAAGUGUACCUGAUAGGGAGCAACGCCAUGAAGCAGGAGCUGGAGGCCGUGGGGAUCCAGCAGACCGGGGUAGGACCCGACCACAUCAGCGGAAAGCAGAGCGACUGGGCCAGCGUGCCUCUGGAUCCCGAGGUGAAGGCGGUGGUGGUCGGCUUCGACGAACACUUCAGUUACAUGAAGUUGAACAGAGCCCUGCAGUACCUGAUCCAGCGGGACUGCCUUUUUGUGGGAACCAACAGGGACACCCGGCUGCCUCUUGAGGGGGGAAAGGCUGUCCCAGGCACAGGCUGCCUGCUGCAGGCUGUGGAGACGGCCGCCCAGCGUCAGGCCCAAACGGUGGGCAAACCCAACCACUUCAUGUUUGACUGUGUGGCUUCCAAGUAUGGUGUAAAACGGGAAAGCUGCCUGAUGGUCGGUGACCGUUUGGACACUGACAUCAUGCUGGGUUCCAACUGUGGCCUGAGAACCCUCCUCACUCUGACUGGGGUCAGCACUGUGGCGGAAGCUGAGGCCCAUCAGAGCAGCGGGUGCACGGAGAGUCAGGGGAUGGUGCCGGAUUAUUAUGUGGAGAGCAUUGCAGAUCUCCUUCCGGCCCUGCAGGGAUGA